CCCGUUCCCUUCCCGGCCCGCCAUGCCUCGCCCCCCGCUCCUCCUCCGCCGCCGCUCCCCGCCACCGGCUCCGUUCCCGGUGUCCUGGAUCCUCCUGCUCGGACUGCUGGGGGGCAGCGGGGCCCGGGCCGCUCGAGUUAACAAGCACAAGCCAUGGAUUGAAACAACUUACCAUGGUAUAGUCACGGAGAAUGACAGCUCAGUCCUCUUGGACCCGCCCUUGAUAGCUCUGGACAAAGACGCCCCUCUGCGAUUUGCAGAGAGUUUUGAGGUGACAGUCACCAAAGAAGGUGAGAUCUGUGGAUUUAAGAUCCAUGGCCAGGAUGUCCCCUUUGAUGCGGUGGUAGUGGAUAAGUCCACUGGGGAGGGGAUCAUUCGCUCCAAAGAGAAGCUGGACUGUGAACUGCAGAAGGACUACUCGUUCAGCAUCCAGGCGUACGACUGUGGAAAGGGACCAGAUGGAAACGGUGUGAAAAAAUCUCACAAAGCCGCAGUUCAUAUUCAGGUGAACGACGUGAAUGAGUAUGCCCCCGUUUUUAAGGAGAAGUCCUACAAAGCCACAGUCAUUGAGGGGAAGAAAUAUGACAAUAUUCUGAAAGUGGAAGCGGUGGAUGCUGACUGUUCCCCUCAGUUCAGUCAGAUCUGCAGCUAUGAAAUCGUGACUCCAGAUGUGCCCUUCACCAUUGACAAAGACGGGUAUAUCAAAAACACAGAGAAGCUGAACUAUGGGAAAGGGCAUCAGUACAAGCUGACAGUCACGGCAUUUGAUUGCGGGAAAAAGAGAGCCACAGAAGACGUGUUGGUGAAGAUUAGCAUUAAGCCCACCUGCAGACCGGGCUGGGAAGGGUGGAGCAAGAGAAUUGAAUAUGAACCUGGCACGGGCUCUCUGGCGCUCUUCCCCAGUAUCCAUUUAGAGACCUGUGAUGAGCCAGUCACGUCGAUCCAAGCCACGGUGGAACUGGAGACCAGCCACAUCGGAAAAGGCUGCGACCGAGACACUUACUCGGAGAAGUCCCUGCACAGGCUCUGCGGAGCAUCGCCUGGUACUGCCGAACUACUUCCUCCCCCAAGUAACACUUUGAAUUGGACCAUUGGCCUCCCAACCGAUAAUGGCCAUGACAGUGACCAAGUCUUCGAGUUUAAUGGCACUCAAGCUGUGAAGGUCCCAGAUGGCGUCGUCACAGUCAAUAUGAAAGAGCCUUUCAUGAUUUCAGUGUGGAUGAGGCACGGGCCAGGGGCCAAGGAAAAGGAGACUAUCCUCUGCAAUUCCGACAAGACAGAUAUGAACCGCCACCAUUAUUCUCUCUAUAUACACAACUGCCACCUCGUCUUCCUCUUACGUCAAGAUCCCUCAGAGGAAAAGAACUAUAAACCUGCCGAAUUUCACUGGAAACUGAACCAGGUGUGUGAUAAAGAGUGGCACCACUAUGUUCUCAACGUGGAGUUUCCAAGUGUGACCCUGUUUGUGGAUGGGGUUUCCUACGAUCCCUUCCCGGUGACCGAGGACUACCCACUUCACCCGUCCAAGAUAGAAACUCAGCUGGUGGUUGGAGCCUGUUGGCAAGAAUAUACAGGAAGUGAAAAUGACAAUGAGACUGAGACUGUGACUGUGACCUAUGCAGGUGGGGAGCUGCGCAUGGCCCAGUUCUUCCGAGGCAACCUAGCAGGCUUAAUGGUCCGCUCUGGGAAGCUGGAGAACAAGAACGUGAUCGACUGUCUCUACACCUGCAAAGAGGGGCUGGACCUGCAACCUGCUGAUGGCAUUGGCAAAGGCUUGAAGAUCCAAGCAAACCCCGGCCAGUCAGUGUUGACCUUGGAGGGAGAUGACGUCGACCGGUUCGACAAGGCCAUGCAGCACAUUUCCUACCUGAACUCCCGUCAGUUCCCCACGCCCGGCAUCCGAAAGCUCAAAAUCACCAGCACGAUCAAAUGUUUGAACGAGGAGGACUGCAUCUCCGCCCCUCUGGUGGACGGCUACAUCAUGGUCCUGCAGCCGGAAGAGCCCAAGAUCAGCCUGAGCGGCAUCAACCACUUCGCCCGGGCGGCUUCUGAGUUCGAGAGCCCUGAGGGGGUUUCCCUCUUCCCCGAGCUGCGGAUCAUCAGCACCAUCACUCGCGAGGUGGAGCCGGAGGGGGACGGGGAUGAGGAUCCAACAGUUCAAGAGUCGCUGGUGUCGGAGGAGAUCAUGCAUAACCUGGACACCUGUGAGGUGACGGUGCUGGGUGAGGAGCUGAAUCCGGAACAGGAGAGCCUGGAGGUCGACAUGACUCGCUUGCAGCAGAAGGGCAUUGAGACGAGCAGCUCCAACCUGGGCAUGAUCAUCACAGGUGUGGACACCAUGGCCAGCUACGAGGAGGUGCUGCACUUGAUCCGCUACCGAAACUGGCACACCAUGUCCCUCUUCGACAGGAAGUUCAAGCUGGUCUGUUCUGAACUCAACGGCCGCUAUGUCAGCAAUGAGUUUAAAGUGGAGGUGAACGUGAUCCACACGGCCAACUCGGGGGAACACGCCAGUCACAUUGCCGCCCAACCGCAGUUCGUCCAUCCCGUGCAUCACUCAUUCGUCGACCUCUCCGGGCACAACCUAGCAAACCCACAUCCGUUUUCAGUUGUCCCAAGUACAGCAACGGUGGUGAUUGUGGUGUGUGUCAGCUUCUUGGUUUUCAUGAUUAUCCUGGGUGUGUUCCGGAUCCGGGCUGCGCACCAGAGGACCCUGCGUGACCAGGACGCCGGGAAAGAGAACGAGAUGGACUGGGACGACUCAGCCCUGACCAUUACCGUGAAUCCCAUGGAGACCUACGAGGACCAGCACAGCAGUGAAGAGGAAGAGGAAGAGGAGGAGGAAGAGAGCGAGGAUGGAGAAGAAGACGACGACAUCACCAGCGCAGAGUCAGAGAGCAGCGAGGAGGAGGAAGCCGGGCAAGAGGAGGAUCAGCAAAAUGUUAACAGACAGCAACAGCUGGAAUGGGACGACUCCACCCUGAGCUAUUGAUCCCAGCUGUUCCCUUUGUCCUUUCGUUUCUGCUCUGGAAGCUCCACCGCCGCCGAUGACCUCCAUCCUCUUUGCUGCUCCCUCCAUUGUCCCUCCACGGGGGUAAGAAGCCAUUAUGGCCAGUAGUUGGACAGACACCCCCAAGCAUUUGUGUCCCAUUGGCUAGUCCCCAGUGCUUGAUCCGUAGCUAUUCCCUCCCCCCUCCUCGCGCUUCCUUGGACUGGAUUUUUUUUUGUUUUUUUAAUCAUGUGAGGAACCACCUUGCACUUUUAUCUUCACGUCAUCUCAGCUCAGUGACUGUGGCUCCACAGACCUGCCCACGUGUGUCUGGAAACGACGUUGACUUUGCUUCUCUCAUUCCUUCCCCAAAGCUGCAGCGGUCUGACUUGUUGACAAAGGGUAAAAGGUUGCUCAUUUCAGUCUGGUGAACAUUUUUUUUUUCUUUUUAAGAAUUUUUUUUUUUUUCCCAAAGCUAGUGCAUGUGGAAAGUGGCAGGAUGGGGGUUAAUAUGUAGAGGAUUAACAGACUUUUUAAUAUUUUGUAAAUAAAUUGGGAUUAUGUAAUUAUAUCCACUGUGGGAGUGCAACAGGGAGUGGGUUUUACAGUUGCCUAAGGCCAGGGGCUGGGGCACGGCUGACUUUGGCGCAGGUUUUCAGCAGGAAGAGCCCCCGCAGCUGCCCGGGGGGCUGGGUUCCCUUGGGCUGGGUCCCCGAGGGGCAGAGGUGGGUCUGUUCCUUCCCCUUGCCCAGCCCCGCCGGAUCUGGUCCGAGCCGGGGCGGCCCAGGGAGAGUCGGGAACGGGAAAUCCAGGCUGGGCCUGGCCCCGUUGACCUACCGGGGCCUGGGCGGGCCAAUCCCGGCCCAAGAGGUCGCGGGAGAUGGGGGCUGCCCUGCUGUGUCCCCAACUGCCCGGACAGAUGGUGGAUAGCUUCCUCGGUCUAGAAGCAGUUCCUCGCCACCCACCCCGUCCCCCUCCUUGUUUCCAGUGGGUGGGCGCAGCUGGGAUCGUGGCCAGUUAGAUGCUCCUGCCAAGGGCCGGCUGGAUUGCUCCCGUUGCAGGGACCUGAACUCUGGGAGUAGUAAGCUUUUAGCUUCCACGCCGUAACGUAGCGCUUUCCUCCUGGGGCACAGUUCGAGCCGCCCGCUGUGGCGGUAGCCGUGGGGAACGAAAAGCGCGUGAUGACCCCCCGGGGGGUGAGUGCUGGGUUUUUCGUCAGGCAGGUCUCCGCCUCCCUGGACACUGUCGACCACUGGAACCGAGGUGGAAGGGAGGGGAACGGGUGUGAUGGGCAGUACGCCACCGACUCUCUCGACUCCUCGAGCCCGGGACUGCUUUCCGGCAGCCAAGUUUGAGGAUGGGGAUGGGAUGGGGUGGGAGGGGAGGGGAGUUGGUGGCCCAAGGGGUCCCGGCCACCGAGUCGAGAGAGAGUCAUCCAUCCAAUCUUCUCGUUCAUUUAAGUGUAAAAUUUUCAAUUUCUAAAACGGGGGCAAAUGGUUUUGACUACUUUUUCUGUGAUAAACAUAACUGCUAGUUUUAAGUCAUUUGGGGAACUUUUAACUUAUGUCUGACAGGUGUCCUGUGUUAAUGUUGAUGUGUAGAUCGAUCCUUCCCUAAGCUGUCACUGUAGCUACUGUAUUUAGACUAAAACCGAAGAAGACUAAACGCUAACACUACUGGAAGGUGAGCUUUCCGAUGCUGUCUGUAGCCACUGUGGGGAUAAAUCUACCGCUGUGUUUCUGGUGAUAGGUCAGUCUGGCAAGUCUAUAAGCUACAAUAAAGUUCUGGUUCUAAGUCG